CCUUGGGGGGAGGGGGGAGGGGGGACAAUUGGCUUGUUUGGCGCCCAACGCUUAUCAAUCAGCCAAUUACAACCAUUCCGUUUUGGAAGGGUCUUUUCAGCGCCCGUUUUGGAGGAUGCAGGAUGAGAAGCCAAAAGCAAUGAUUCCGGAUGCCGGCUACAUCUUCUUGGGGUGAAUAGGAGGGUUAUCGAUGCCAUUUGAGCAGCAGUAGAACCGGCUGGUGCGCUCUAGCUGCCUCUCACCGACCGAAAGUAGCCAUUAUGCAUGUUCCAAAACUAAGACAUAUAGAAGAGCAAAUGGUUAUUUGAUUUCUGAAUCAACAUCAACUGUUUUGGAAGAAAAUCUGAAUCAUAAAAGAAAGGAAAUCGUCUGACCGAAUAAAAAAAAAUUAAGACUGAGGAGUUCGGAUUUAGGGGCGACAGAGAAGUGGACAACGAUUAUAUAUUUUUCCGGCAGACUAUUGUAGCUUGCUGGUAGGAUAUGACAACGACAUAAUUGGUUAAGGUUUACAAUGUGUCAUUUCAUAUUCACAAUUCUUAGUGGUCAGUCCGUGUAUUACAUCAUACUCAGCCCUAACUUCUAGCUUGAUAAAAUAAAAUCCCGUCUGAAAUCUGAUUUAGCCGUAUUGUAGGCUAUCUAGGCCUAAAGAACAAUUUGGCCACAUCAUGGUUAUUGCAAUGCGGCAUGGAGCCCAUCUAAUAUGGGUAUGCCUUCUCGUCUGCUGUAUGGUAGACAUAGGGGCCCCUAUGGAGUUUACAGGUGCAGAGGGCCAGUGGGCCAGGUUUCCAAUGUGGAAUGCAUGUUGCGAGAGUGAAAUGAGCUUCAACAUGAAAACCAAGAGUUCCCACGGGCUGUUAGUGUACUUCGAUGACGAGGGAUUCUGUGACUUUUUAGAACUCCUAAUACACAARGGUAAACUCAGUCUUCGAUUCUCCAUCUUCUGCGCUGAGCCUGCAACGGUUCUAACCAACACCACGGUGAACGACAGCCAGUGGCACACGGUGACAAUAAAGAGAAACUUUAAAAACACGACGCUAAUGGUGGACAAAGAAGUGAAAUGGGCCGAAGUGAAGUCGAAAAGAAAGGAUAUGACUGUCUUCAGCUACCUUUUCCUUGGGGGAAUACCGCCGGAAUUACGCUCUGUGGCUUUACGGUUAACGUUGGCUGCUGUCAAGGACCAAGUGCCUUUUACCGGAUGGAUAACGGACGUAAAGGUCAACAAGACAGAGUCGGCUCUCCUAAACAGCGCGGGGGUCAUUAACGACCUCUGCAGUGCGGCGGCCAACAUGUGUUUAAACGGAGGYGUCUGUAAUGUCAUUAACCACGAACCCAAGUGCGACUGCUCGCAGACUGGAUACCAGGGCAAGGACUGCAGCGACGAAGACAACCGUGUUGAAGGUCUGGCACACUUGAUGAUGGGCGACCAAGCGGGCAAUGGGCUGGGCACCCCAUGGGCUGGGCAGCACCUUAUCCUGGCUGGCUGGGCUGCUGUGCCGCUCUCCUCAGAGGGUAAGUGGACCUCUGAUCUCUUCCCGUUUGCCUCUCCUACCCAGGGCUGA